AAAAAAAAGAAAGUCCAAAAUCGACAUAUACACAGUUCAGAUGUAUUUUGUCGGUGUACAAUUUUGUUUAUUACAUAUCAAUACGCUGUAGUUUAAAAAAAAAAAAAAUAAAAGCAGAAGUGAAACGACAAACCACUAAAUAAUACUACCAACGUUUCAAUUAGACAAUUGCCAAAAAAAAAGACAAAUUUCUGGCUUUGAAUCCAACUGAGAAAAAGAUUCAAUGUAUAGUACGCGUGCGGAGACAAGUUUCAUGCCGAACGAGUGAACAGCUGAACGAGAGAGUGUUAUCUCCAUACCUCCCAAAAGUGAUGACAGAACCUACUGACAGAAGAUUGGAAUUAUGCUGUGAGACACGAAGGAACCAUCAGUUAAUUUUUACAGUUUGAGCACACUUUACAAUCACUAUCUAUCUCUGUCCGAUCUCCGACUCUGUCUUUGUCUCUCACUGGCUCUCUUGGUCUCCAUUUGGAUCUCGUUUCAUUUUUUUCUUCUGUUGUUGAUGUUGAAAUGGUUCCUGAAAUUGAUUUUCUAAAACGGAACUGACAACCGAAAAAUGGCAAUGCAAUUCAUUUAGACGCUAUAAUUUGAUUACUUUUCAUUUUUCGUGUUGACGGUUGUUUUAGAUGGAGAAGAAGAAACCGGGAACAUAGUGUGAGAGAUGUGUUAACUUCAAUGAAUUUUCGCGUGUGCACAAGUUAAGUUGAAUCACAGAACGUUAGAUAUUAUUACAUUAUUUAUUGGAGUUGACAGUGACAAACAAUAAAUAUUUUGAAGAAUUCGUCCGCCUGCCCCGACAACAACACGAAUCACUCACACACACACACACAUACACACACACACACACAAAAUUGAUAUCAGUGACAGGGAAAGGUAUUUGGUGUAAAAAGAAAAAUACACCAUCUGUCACACUUUCGACUCAACAAAUCUAAGUUAAGAAAUUGAUUCGAAAUCAACGCGGUAAAUAUUUGAGCAUCAAGAAUUGUAAUUAUGCAAAAGGAAAAUACGGCGCCUGUUGAAAGCCAUCAAUAUGUGGGGCCUUAUAGACUGGAAAAGACACUCGGCAAAGGACAGACUGGUCUGGUCAAGCUGGGUGUUCACUGUGUUCUAGGGAAAAAAGUAGCGAUUAAAAUAAUAAAUAGAGAAAAACUCAGCGAAUCGGUGUUAAUGAAGGUGGAACGUGAGAUAGCCAUUAUGAAAUUAAUUGAUCACCCGCAUGUGUUGGGCCUGUCGGAUGUAUAUGAAAACAAAAAGUAUUUGUAUUUAGUGCUGGAGCUAGUCUCUGGCGGUGAACUAUUUGACUAUUUAGUUAAAAAGGGUAGACUGACACCAAAAGAAGCUAGAAAGUUUUUCCGUCAAAUCAUUUCGGCGCUGGACUUUUGCCACUCUCAUUCUAUAUGCCAUCGCGACCUUAAACCCGAAAAUUUGCUACUUGAUGAAAAGAACAAUAUAAAAAUCGCCGACUUUGGAAUGGCAUCACUACAACCGGCUGGAUCAAUGCUUGAAACAUCUUGCGGUUCGCCGCAUUAUGCAUGUCCAGAAGUGAUUCGGGGUGAAAAGUAUGAUGGCCGACGUGCGGAUGUGUGGUCGUGUGGUGUUAUUUUGUACGCUUUGUUAGUCGGUGCUCUGCCGUUUGAUGAUGACAACCUUCGGCAAUUGUUGGAAAAAGUGAAACGAGGCGUAUUUCAUAUACCACACUUUGUACCGCCGGAUUGUCAAAGUUUGCUGCGAGGCAUGAUUGAGGUGAAUCCGGACAAACGACUAACUCUCGGUGAAAUUAAUCGGCAUCCAUGGGUUACAGCUGGCGGCAAGGGUGAACUUGAACUAGAAUUACCGAUGAUGGAAGUGGUACAAACACAUGUUCUACCGUCAGCCUCAUCGGUUGAUCCGGAUGUUUUGAAUGCCAUUUGCUCGCUCGGAUGUUUCAAGGAAAAGGAUAAACUCAUCCAAGAGCUUAUGAGCCCUAACCACAAUACGGAAAAAGUUAUUUAUUUCUUACUUCUCGAGCGCAAACGUCGAAGACCAGCUCUUGAAGAUGAUGACGAAGCAGCAAGACCUAGAAAUAACACGGAAGUGAGCGAUCCGCCAAAAAAACGACUAGACACAUGUCGAAUCAAUGGUCAGAACUCAUAUAACUUCGGUCAAAUCAGCGAAGGAUCGCCAAUAACAACACGACGACAAGCAUUCAAUUUCCGUUCUUAUAGCAACACACGCAAUCACAAUCGAAGAUCUCCAACACCAUCCGCUAGGUCUGCAUCAUAUCAUAGCCCAACUAGGAAUCCACAGCAAGUGCUAUCGCGGCCGUCAUCGCCAGCUACUUCAACGCGCCAUUCAACUCAUUCAGCCUCAAUAACUGGUCGAAUAAUCCAGCCAAAAUCACAACCGCCACCCGAUGAACAGCAACAGCAACAGCAACAGCAACAACAACAGCAACAGCAACAUGCAUCAUCAACGCAACAGCAACCGCAAUCCCAAACUCAGGCGCAGCCAUCCAAUCAACCACACGACUCAAGUAACUAUGACCAGCAACAGUCGGGUGCCCAUCAUAGAGCUAACUCAGGACCAACAAUAGCUAUUAGUUUGUUCCCAGAAUCAGAAAAUAGCAAUUGGCCCACACCAAAUUCAACGCAUCUCAGUGCUGCAAAUGCUGGUAAUACACCAUCGCCCGCAAUGACUGCCUCAACUUGUAGCAAUGCAAGUAGUCAACUGUGGAAAACACGAUUGACCAACAUCAAAAACAGCUUCUUAGGCAGUCCACGAUUCCAUCGAAGAAAAUUACAAGUGUCAUCUGAUGAAGUAUAUUUGACGCCGGACUCAUCACCAGAGCUAACAAAACGAUCAUGGUUUGGAAAUUUGAUGACAACCGAAAAAGAUGAAACUUUCACGGUGCUUGUUAAAGGAAAGCCACUGGCAACGGUCAAAGCUCAUUUGAUUCAUGCAUUCCUAUCGAUGGCCGAACUAUCGCAUAGCGUAAUAUCACCUAUGUCAUUUAGAGUCGAGUACAAACGGAAUGGAACGGGACCGGCCAUGUUUCAACGUCAUGUUCGGUUUCAGGUUGAUUUAAGUGCAAUUUGUAAACAAGAAGAAGUUUCUGAUACGCUUUUUGCGAUAACUUUUACACUUUUAUCCGGUAACAUUCGAAGAUUCCGUCGAAUAUGUGAACACAUUCAAUCACAGGUUUGCUCAAAGCGUUUCUCUGGCCCAGGCAGUCCACCCCGUGUAACGAAUGCAGUGUCAGAGUCUUCGUCGUUCAGCGGAUCGGAUUCAAGUGAACGUCUUUCAUGUUAUAAGCGUCAGAUUGAAAAUGACUGUGAAAAUGAUGCCGUAUUCGAGUGCAAUAAAACACCAGUAUCGCGACGUUCUUCAGCAUCGACAAACAACAAUAACCAAGUAUUAGGAGAACCUGCCAGCCCAAAAACGGUUCGAUCAAGUUCUGAAUCAACUGAUCCGGAUCGUUCAAAGAAUCGCAAGAAUGGCGAAAAACAAUCAACAACGAUAUCAGGGAGUGCGGUGGCAUGAGAAUUAUUUCUCUGAUUUAGUUUCAAAAUAACAAAGAUACAAAUGUCAGGUUCCAAAUAUCAUACCAAUUGCCAUUCAGUACGAUGAGAAUGAUUCUACUGAAACAAACAAAUGAGAAACACAUCAAACGGUUAUUUAAUAUGACAACAACAACAACAACUACAACAACGACAACAACAAGCAAAUCAAUAAAAGAAAAACAAGAAAUCUAUCACAAACAUCAAACAAACCAAACGGAAAAAGACAAGAAAAAAAAACAAACAGCAAAUAAUCUUUUCUAUCUCGCGGCAGGGUUCAACUAAAACAUAUUUUUAAUGUUUAUGCUGAUAACGAGUCGAGCUGCUCGUUUUACAUUUAUCUAAUAUAUUUCAAUUAAAUAAGUAAAUCGUUGAAAGUUCCAUUUAUAUGAAAGUUUCCUAUGUAUCAUCAUUUAGAUAUGCAUAAUUUUCGAUUAAGAUGCAUUUCGUUUGGAUUUAUUCUUUUUUUCUGUUUUGUUUUCUCGACGCCAAUUGGAACGACGACAACAAAAAAGAUCAGAAAACAUGGACCGAUGGCGAUCGGUCGCGAUUAGUUUCAGUCGACUAACUAACUUUUUUAAGUUUGUGUUUCAACAAAUACAUGUGCAA